UACUAAAGCAAAGAAAACCAUCUGAGAGAGAGAAACGUGUGAGUAAGAAAGAUUAGAGGAAAACAUCUUCUCGUCUUUCCAAGUGGAAGGGAGUGUGGCAUAAUGAAUUACUAUACAUUUGUGUUGGGAUCAAUUUUUGCUUUGAGUUUUCUUUAUACUCUAGCCAAAAUAUGCACUAGAGGUAGCAAAAAACUUCCACCAGGUCCCUCUCCAUGGCCAAUUAUUGGAAGCCUUCACUUGUUAGGUGCAAAACCUCAUGUAUCUCUGGCCAAUCUUGCAAAAAUAUAUGGUCCAAUUAUGAGUAUAAAACUAGGUCAAAUAACAACAUUGGUCAUUUCUUCAUCAUCCAUGGCGAAACAAGUUCUUAAGUAUCAAGAUCAAGACUUUUCAACUAGAUUUAUCGUUGAUGCCGUUCGAGCUCACAACUAUUGGAAAUCCUCGGUGGCAUGGCUUCCCGUUUGUCCUCAAUGGCGAACACUUAGAAGAAUCCUGAACACAAAUAUAUUCUCUUCAAAUAUGCUUGAUGCAAAUCAACAUCUAAGGUCACAAAAAAUGAAAGAAUUGAUUGCUUAUUGUGCAAAGUGUUGUCAAGAAGGUGAAGCUUUGGAUGUAGGUCAAAUUGCUUUUAAGACUAAUCUGAACUUAUUGUCCAACACUCUUUUCUCCAAGGACUUGGCUGAUCCUUUUUCGGAUUCAAAGUCUAUGACCAGUUUUCUGGAUUUCAAGGCAGAAUUGAAGGACGUUAUCUGGGAUAUCAUGUCUGAAAUGGGGAAACCUAACUUGGUGGAUUUUUUCCCUAUACUUGAAAAGAUCGAUCCUCAAGGAAUAAGACAUCGAACAUCCAUUCAUUUUGAUAAGUUGUUUAAACUUUUUGAUGAUUUGAUCAAUGAACGAAAGAAGGAAAAGAGAAGGUUGUGUGGUGAAAGAAGUGAUUUUUUGGAAGUGUAUCUGAAUGACGUUAAAGAAAAUCCUGAAGAGCUAAACCAUAAUCACAUCAAGGCUUUGUUACUAGACCUAUUCCUUGCUGGUUCUGAUACAACUACAAGUACAUUGGAAUGGGCAAUGGCAGAGAUACUUAGACAACCCAAGAUUCUGAAGAAAGCAAAAGAUGAACUUGCAGAAAUUAUUGAAAAAGAAAAAUUAGUCGAAGAAGCUAAUGUUUCUCGACUCCCUUACUUACAGUGCAUUAUUAAAGAAGUAUUAAGAAUGCAUCCACCAGCUCCGUUCUUAGGUCCGCGCAAAGUGGAGCAAGAUGUUGAAUUAUGUGGUUACAUCAUUCCAAAGGGCUCACAGGUACUAAUCAAUGUCUGGGAGAUUGGUCGUGAUUCUAAUUUUUGGGAGGAUCCUUUAGUAUUCAAGCCUGAGAGGUUUUGGAAUUCGAAAUUGGAUGUAAGAGGGCAAGAUUUUGGACUAAUCCCAUCUGGCGCAGGAAGAAGAAUAUGCCCUGGCUUGUCACUGGCAUUGAGAAUGGUUUCAGUAAUGUUAGGGUCACUCUUGAAUUCCUUCAACUGGAAACUUGAGUCAGACAUUAAUGAUCCAGAAGAAUUAGACAUGGAAGAGAGAUUUGGUAUAACUUUAGCGAAAGUCCAACCUUUGCGAGCUAUCCCAUCUCUUCUUUGACGUUUCUUCGACUAUACAAUGAUUUAUUUGGAUGGCUUAUGAGAAUGAUGUAGGAGGUGUCAGGUCUAGAAUUUAUUAACCUCUUCCUGAUGGAACUUCAAAUUCAACAUGUUUUGACUUUUGAACUUGAAAGUUUGCUAUGAAAAUUGGGGGUGAAAAGUUUUAGAUCAUCUAUUUCCAAAGUUAUUGUCUUUUUAUUUGGAUGAUGUAUUUGAUGUUUUUGUUAUUUUCUUUGGGCAAAUAGGAGAAUAAAAAUAAAACAAUGUUUGGAGAGAAACUAUGACAAACUUUUUCGCUAUAGAUAGAGAAGUUUUCUUCAUUAAUGUCUAUCAUCCCUCAUUCUUCAGGAGAAAUAAAGAAUCUCCUCUCUUCUCUC